UCGUCACGUCUUAAACACGUGUAUCCCCAUGAAGGUACUUUUAGAAACAACAACAACAGCAUGGCAAGCCACGGGCUCACUUACGACGGUUGUAAUUUCUUCAGACAAAGAUUAGUGUUAUCAACGUUAAGUGGUAAAAGGGUAAAAAUAAGGAACAUACGAUCUAAGGAUGACAACCCCGGGCUUCGAGACUUCGAAGCUAGUUUUAUCAGACUCCUGGACAAGGUGACAAACGGAACCAGAAUAGAAAUAAAUCAAACAGGCACAAUGCUUUUCUACCAGCCCGGUCUGCUGUAUGGAGGGACUAUAGAACAUGAGUGUAACAUCCAGCGUUCUAUAGGGUUCUACCUAGAGGCCCUCCUCAUGCUGGCUCCCUUCAUGAAGAACCCUCUCAGAGCCACACUGAAGGGGGUCACCAAUGACCCAGUGGACCCCUCUGUGGACCUUCUGAAGUCCACUGCCAUUCCUCUGAUGAAGCAGUUUGGCGUUGACGGGGAAGGUCUUGAACUGAAGGUGGUGAAGAGGGGCGUGGCCCCGGGAGGAGGAGGGGAGGUUCUGUUCAGGUGUCCAGUCAGGCGGACCAUCCGACCCGUCCAGCUCACUGACCCUGGGAAGAUCAAGAGGAUCCGAGGGAUAGCCUACUCUGUGAGAGUGUCCCCCCAGAUGGCCAAUAGGAUUGUGGAUUCUGCCCGGAGCAUUCUCAACAAGUUCAUACCUGAUAUCUACAUCUACACAGACCAUAUGAAGGGAGCGAACUCGGGGAAGUCACCAGGUUUUGGACUGACCCUUGUAGCUGAGACCUUGACAGGAUCAUUCCUCAGUGCUGAGAUGAGCUCCAUACCACAGGGCCAGGGAGACCCUGUACUGCCUGAGGAUCUGGGGAGGAACUGUGCCAAACUGCUGCUGGAGGAGAUCUACAGGGGCGGCUGUGUGGAUUCAGCCAAUCAGAGCCUAGCGUUGCUGUAUAUGACCUUGGGCCAGCAAGAUGUGUCCAAAGCCCUGCUCGGCCCCCUCUCUCCAUACACUAUUGAGUUCCUGAGGCAUGUGCGAGACUUCUUCCAGAUCAUGUUUAAGAUUGAGACACGGAAACCCCUGGAUGAUGAGCGGAAAGGAGGGGACAAGGUCCUGAUGACCUGUGUGGGAGCUGGCUACGCCAACAUCAGCAAAUCCAUCAAAUAAAACUUUUAUAUUAAAA